AUGGCCACACUUCUGCGGGAGAGAGGCGUAAGAGACGCAGGAGUCGUGGCCAUUCAGGAACCAUGGGAAAACAACCAGCUUGACACUACGCAUCACCCGGCUACAGCAUCCCAUCAGCUACUAUACCCAGUAGUCAAGGAUGCCAGGUCGGGUGAGGCGGAAAGAACCAGGGUCUGUAUGUUCGUUUCGAAGCGGAUUGACCCCUCUAUAUGGUCCCACACGGUAGUCAACGCCGACUACCAGAUUCUAAAACUCCGGCGGAAUCAGCGCGAUGGCUGGACGGAUCUCUUCGUGCACAAUAUAUAUCGGCAUGACACCAACAAAGAGCAACUUCAACGCUUAUACAGCGAAAUUGCGAAACGACCGGAGGCGGAACACGUCGUGGUAGGAGACUUCAAUCUCCAUCAUCCUCUGUGGGGUGGCCCUUCCGUUCGAAAGACCGAGCAAGAAGCUCACAUCUUGGUGGAUUCGAUCCUCCCUGACCUAUCUCUAACCUAUGUGGGAGAGCCAGGCAAGCCUACAUGGCAACAGGGCCCGUUGAAGAGUGUCAUCGACCUCACAUUCGUAUCUAGUAGCUUGCUAGACUGCCUGACUACCUGCGAGAUCGCCAAUGACGUAGAUAGCCAGUCCGACCAUCUUCCAAUCCGCACCGUCCUCGAUAUAACUACGCCACAGUUCACACAGCCAAGAAGACGGAAUUGGGAAGCCACCGAUGACGAGAAAUUGAAACAAUACCUCGAACAACACCUGCCACCACCACCCAAUACAUUGACUAGGCCAGAAACGAUCGAACUGGCCUGCUCAGCGCUAAUGCGCGUGGUGGAUGCGGCGGUGGAGUUCUCUACGCCCUGGGCUGACCCAUCCUCUUGGUCGAAUCCUGGAUUCGAUGAAGAAUGCCGUGAGGCUAUUAAAGAGGCGCGCAGACUCCGCCGCGUAUUCUCGCGCACGCAGGAUAUGGAAGACUGGGCCAUCUAUACGAUGGCCAGGAACAAGAAACACAUCGUCGACGCGUACAGCACGUGA